GCCCAAUACAACUGACCAAUCAAAAUUAGUGAACGCACUGCAUCUCUCUGCAGUGGAGAGAAGCGACAAGGUAGGCUGUCAUUCUGCAAAAGCUGCUCAGAACUGGCUUUCCUCUGAAAAGCAGUGCCAUUCCUUUUUAGAGACUGAAUCUAAAUGUUGUCUCUGGAGACAAGAAGCCUUCAGUAUGUUCAAUUACUUCAUUACGUUUUUCAGACGCUUAUUGAUUCCACAGUAGGAAGAGUGAGAGACUGCAGCAGCCUCUCGGCAGCACCACACGUCCCAUACAUUAGCAGGACCGCUGAGACAAUGGCACAGUACAGACACAUAUUUUCAUUAAAGUCUUUUCUGAAGAGAUGUUUAUGACCCUCUUCCCCCAGUCCUCUGCUAACAAGUGAACAAAAUGAAUCAAUCAAAACUGGAAACGCUUCAACUACAUCAGGAAUGUAUCAAAUCUUUAGCGGAGGGCCCACAGCAGCUAAUUCAGUAUUUACAAGUGACAAUAUGAAGAAUGCAUCUGAUCAAACACCUCUAUAGCUGCCUGAACCAAAAACUGCAGGAUAUUCUUCUGACACAUGAAUUUAAGACAUUAAGGAGUUAAAACCAGAAAAUACACGUCCACAUUACUGCUGGGAUAUAACACAUGGACAGCAAUCAUCCUAAGAAGAUGCUAUAUAAAAUAGACACAAAAAGAAAAACAAUUUAACUGCGAAAGCCUGAGAACAAAAUGGUGAGCAUUUUUAAAAGGGGAGUUUAUACUUUAACAUACCGGGAUUGUGGAGCUGUUUCCUGAAGAAACAAUGAGGCAUGGAAUGCCCAAAAGAGAAUGCCAUAUAUUAGCAGCAAGCUAAAUAAAGCUUUAUCAUGUAUUUUCUGCACUAAAUAUUCAGAUAUUCAUAGCACUUGAUAUUACUAAAGGAUUUUUUCAUCUGAGUUUUAGGACUAUGUAUCCUCUUCUAAUGAAAAAAAAUCAAAUUAAAUAGCAGAUGGUUUUUAUCAAAAGAACAUGGACUGGAUUUAUAAUACAAAGCAAGUUAUGUGACCAAGAAAUCAUUUCAAACUAAUGAGGACUGCUAUAGAUACAGAUUUACAUUUGUAACAGAAGGAUGUCGAAAUACAUUUUAGAAGCUAGAAACCGUAUGUCUCCUUUUUUGUUUUCACAUGUUCUGGAAAAUAAAGAGACACUAUCAUAUAUUCCCUCAAAGGGAAACACAAUUCCUAUAAUUUGAGGAAGUUUCUCUUGGUCGUGACUUUUUAAGGCAAAACAAACACAGAUAUUUUGUACUGGUCUUUAGAAAUCCAUCAGCCAACUAAAUCUCACAAUUCAUGCAGUUUGAAGUAUUGGAGAGAAAAUGAAAGAAUUUCUACAAGACAUGAAAUAAAACACAGCUACUUCACUGUUGUCAGGUAAAAAUUCAUGUCAAAAUCUGUCAAUGACAUCAUGAAUCAAUUUGUGAAAACCUGCUAUAGUGAGCCAAAAGGCCAAUAAGGCAACAGCAAACAGGAAAAACACCAACUGCUCCAAAAGAAUGUGUUUUUCUCCCAUUCUGGAAAUCAACAUGCAGUCUGAAUCUAACAUUACAGUGCGAGAUGACAUUGAUGACAUCAACACCAAUAUGUACCAACCACUAUCAUAUCCAUUAAGCUUUCAAGUGUCUCUCACCGGAUUUCUUAUGUUAGAAAUUGUGUUGGGACUUGGCAGCAACCUUACCGUAUUGGUACUUUACUGCAUGAAAUCCAACUUAAUCAACUCUGUCAGUAACAUUAUUACAAUGAAUCUUCAUGUACUUGAUGUAAUAAUUUGUGUGGGAUGUAUUCCUCUAACUAUAGUUAUCCUUCUGCUUUCACUGGAGAGUAACACUGCUCUCAUCUGCUGUUUCCAUGAGGCCUGUGUAUCUUUUGCAAGUGUCUCAACAGCAAUCAACGUUUUUGCUAUCACUUUGGACAGAUAUGACAUCUCUGUAAAACCUGCAAACCGAAUUCUGACAAUGGGCAGAGCUGUAAUGCUAAUGAUAUCCAUUUGGAUCUUUUCGUUUUUCUCUUUCCUGAUCCCCUUUAUUGAGGUAAAUUUUUUCAGUCUUCAAAGUGGAAAUACGUGGGAAAACAAGACACUUUUGUGUGUCAGUACAAAUGAAUACUACACCGAACUGGGAAUGUAUUACCACCUGCUAGUACAGAUCCCAAUAUUCUUUUUCACUGUCAUAGUAAUGUUAAUCACAUACACCAAAAUCCUUCAGGCUCUUAACAUUCGAAUCGGCACAAGAUUUUCAACAGGGCAGAAGAAGAAAACAAGAAAGAAAAAGACAAUUUCUCUAACCACACAGCAUGAGACUACAGACAUGUCACAAAGCAGUGGUGGGAGAAAUGUGGUCUUUGGUGUAAGAACUUCAGUCUCUGUAAUAAUCGCCCUCCGGCGAGCCGUGAAACGACACCGUGAGCGACGGGAAAGGCAAAAAAGAGUCUUCAGGAUGUCUUUAUUGAUUAUUUCUACAUUUCUUCUCUGCUGGACACCCAUUUCUGUUUUAAAUACCACCAUUUUAUGUUUAGGCCCAAGUGACCUUUUAGUAAAAUUAAGGUUGUGUUUUCUAGUCAUGGCUUAUGGAACAACUAUAUUUCACCCUUUAUUAUAUGCAUUUACCAGACAAAAAUUUCAGAAGGUCUUGAAAAGUAAAAUGAAAAAGCGAGUUGUUUCCAUAGUGGAAGCUGAUCCUCUGCCUAAUAAUGCUGUAAUACACAAUUCUUGGAUAGAUCCUAAAAGAAACAAAAAAAUUACCUUUGAAGACAGUGAAAUAAGAGAAAAAUGUUUAGUACCUCAGGUUGUCACAGACUAGGGAAAAAUCUAAGUUUCAUUAAGCCCACAUUUAAAUUGUAAAAAAAAUGAAAUUACUGCCAAAUAUAAGAAAAAACAUUUUAAGUAUUGGUUAUGUUGUAAAUUUUUGAUGUAAAUGUCAAAAUUAGAUUAGGUCAUAUAUAUUCAAUUUCUUCAUUACAAUGUACUUGUUGCAUGGCAGUCUGUUAAAGUAAUAUUGUGUAUAUUUUGUCAAUAUUAUGUCCAUCAGAAGAUAUUCAUGUAAGUCAUAUUUUCUAAAUAAUAAAUACAUAGCCUUAAAACAGUGUAUAACUUUAAAAUGUAACUGA